AUGAAGCUCGCGCUCUUUUUCUCUGCUCUCCUCUCCGCCCAAGUCCUGGCCGUUCCCGAGCCUGACUACGCUGUCGUCAAGGACGGCGAGUACACCUAUACCGGUAUCGACAAGGGACUUCUGGCCGCCCGUGGUCUUGAGAAGCGUUGCAACUGCUUCCCCGAAUGCCGUAGACCUGGCUCCAACUGCGCUCCCGGUAAGUGUGAGUGCUCUGGUGACUAUGGCUGCUGGUCUUGCGGUGGUGGUCGGAUGCAGUGCCAGCCUGGUCCUGGCUCGGGAGUUUGCUGGACCAAGUAA